UCAGGAGAUAAAUGCCCUGGACUGCGAAAUAUUGUUCAUCUGCACAAGCGUGUGAAGUCGGGUCACUAGCUCAGGGACAUGUUCAGCCUUCCCAAAUGUUAUCCGUUGCGCUGAUCGACAUGGGGGAGUUGGUGACAAAGACACUUUUUUACGACUGAGGCAGCGGAAGUUCGAUGUAUUGCCAAUUUUUCAUACGGCGUUUUAAAUACAUUUCAACCAAGAGGGAGCGGGACCGAACAGAAUACUCGCAGACAUCCAAAAGUUUUUUUCACGUGGACAGCAAUUUCUACAGGUCCAGCUCCUCUUAAAUUUAAGAUAACCACGAAAGACAACAUGCCGAAUACAUUUUUCGUAUUCUGUCUCCUAUUGCUGGUUUUUGUGGAAACUUUUAUUGUAGUCUGCGCUCAGACGGAGGCCGACUACCUGGGGCCAGUUGUUAAUGAUAUCAUCGGAGCAGCUGCGUCCCCAACACAGCAAUCUGGAAGAGAUAAGGACAGCCUGAGCUCGAACAGUUCACACCCCUGGCCCAUGUCUCCCGGGCGACCCAGAGCGCACCCACCUAUGUGUUCCGGAACUACUGAAAUCAGAGAUACAUUUAAAUAUAUAAACACCGUGGUCUCUUGUCUUGUGUUCGUUGUUGGAAUAAUCGGGAACUCGACAUUAUUGAGAAUCAUCUACAAAAACAAAGGCAUGAGGAACGGACCCAACUUUCUUAUCGGCAGUCUUGGUUUGGGGGACCUCUUACACAUUGUAAUAGAUAUACCCAUUAAUGUUUACAAGCUGUUGGCUGUAGAUUGGCCAUUUGGUGUUGGACUCUGCAAACUGGUGCCGUUUGUUCAAAAAGCAUCUGUUGGAAUUACGGUCUUGAGUUUAUGUGCAUUGAGCAUCGACAGGUAUCGGGCUGUCACAUCAUGGAAUCGUAUCAAAGGAAUCGGUAUUCCGAAGUGGACCGCGAUAGAAAUCGCAUUGAUAUGGGUCAUAUCAAUCAUCCUAGCUGUGCCUGAGGCUGUUGCCUUUGACAUGAUUGCAAUGGAGUACAAAGGAGAGCAUCUGAGAAUAUGCCUCCUGCACCCAAUGCAGACAUCCAAGUUCAUGCAGUUUUAUAAGUCGGCGAAAGAUUGGUGGCUCUUCAGCAUCUAUUUUUGCAUGCCUGUGGCCUGCACUGCAAUCUUCUACACGCUCAUGACCUGUGAGAUGCUGAGGAAGAAGAAUGGGAUGCAGAUUGCUUUGACUGACCAUCUGAAGCAGAGACGAGAGGUGGCUAAGACCGUUUUUUGUUUGGUGCUUGUGUUCGCGCUCUGUUGGCUACCCCUGCAUCUCAGCAGAAUCUUAAAAUUGACCAUUUAUGAUGAAAAGGACCCUAACAGGUGUGAAUUGCUAAGCUUCUUCCUGGUGCUGGACUACAUUGGCAUCAACAUGGCCUCUGUGAAUUCCUGCAUCAAUCCCAUUGCUCUGUACAUGGUCAGCAAAAGGUUUAAGAGCUGUUUCAGAUCCUGUCUGUGCUGUUGGUGCACUUCUCCCGAGAUGCUGGAUGAGAAACAGUCUUGCAUGAGGUCCAAGGUCAAUGGACGCGGCUCAGAGCAAAGCAACUCCCGGGGCAGCAAUAAGUAUACCUCUGCCUGAUGGAGGCGCCGUUGCUGUCUGCUCAGUGUGACUUUUUGAGCCUAGCCAACAAUAGCCAAUCUUCUGUGCUCUUAUAGCCUCAGAAGACUUGCAGAAAUGUGCUGAGAAUCUUUAUUCUGUUCCACAGUAGCUAAGAGGGCUGCAUGGGAAGUGGAGGCAAUUAAAAAUUGCCAAUAUGCAAAACAUUUCCCUGUCUGUAUUUUAUGGAUGAAAAAAAAAAAAAAAACUAUACUAUAGCACAGUAAAAGACUGAAGACUAAAUUAGCAUUUAGGCGACAUAAGUUUGGAAUAAAGUUAAGUGUGCUUUUGAACAUUAUAGCUGUGGGCUUCAUUUCCAUCUACAUGAACAUAUCAUUAUUUGUCAAUUAGUUCAGCUUUUUGUUAGUGGAAUCUGUUAUAUCAUCCUUGGUUUGAGUUGUAUGGAAAUAGACAUACAGUAAAAUUUUGCUAAAAUGAUACAGUAGACCUGGGGAGAGGGUGUCUUUACCAAGGAUACAGAAUUUUAUUUGCAUUAUUUCUUCAAAUCAGACAACCAUUCUUUACUGUCCUAUGGAUUAUUUGAAUAAACAGUUAUUCUUAACUCAGUGGCAACUUUAAAGUUACACAGUUCUUGGUGGUAAAUGCAUAUGCCAUCAGAAGACAGUUGUUUUUUAACUUUUUUCCUCCAACUUGAACUUUUUUUCCUUGGUUUAAAGAAAAUAAUUUAUGUAAAAUAAGAAGCACUAUGGGCUGGCCCUGUGUUUGUACUGACUCACUGAAGAACUGGCAGUAGUUUGUGUAUACACAAAUAUAUUAAUUACAAAAUGCCUUCCGGACCAUUUUAUCUACAACUUAAAGUGUUGAGGUGUUGGUUGUUGCAUGUAUUACAUGUGAAAUACAUGCAUGCAAAUACAUAUUUCAAAUGUAUCCAUCCAUCCCUCUAGCAUGUGUAUAGCAGUUAAGGCCAUAAUCUUUCGGCAAGCUGCUCUGAUUUGGUUUCCAAGGGGCAUGUCAUUUCGGGGCUUGCAUACUAUGGAUACUAAAACAAAUGCAUACUACAAAACAGUUGGAAGAUUUAUACAUGAAGGUCAUGUACUCUUGUACCUUUAUACAUAAUCGCUGAUCAUAAAAGAUUUCUUUUAAAUUAUUUUUUUGAAGGAUUCACAGAAGCAGCACAUUAAAGUAAAGCCCUCUUUCAUCUAGCUGCUAAACCAAAAUAAAGUGUAUUGUUCAUUAUAUCAGUGCUGUGCUUGUAUUGGUUGGUUAUCUGCCAUCUAAAACCGUACACUGAGCCAAAUAACAGAUGACCCUUUCAUUUUAAAAUACGCAUACCGCUGUGCUAAUUGCCGUUUUAAUGCCAAAUGGAUAAUGCAUGUGUUUUGUGAAUCUUGCUGGAUUGAACAUUAGAUUAGCAUUGGAGAGAAUUAAGCAGUGUAGUUUUCAUGCAUUGACUGUGACAUUACAUUUUGUUGUUUUGUAGUUCUCUUUUGAGCCAUCUCAUAUAUUUUAACCAAAACAUGAAUAAAAUUGUAUAUACUGUGUCUAGAAGUCAUUCUUAAUGUAAGUAUCCAAUGCUGGAACUAAAAUAAUCUGUUUUUGAGGGAGACAUUGUUAUCUAGCACUUACCUAAAUUAUAGGUUUAGGAGGUAGGAACUCUCUUUUUUUCUUUUUUAUGCCAUAGUUCAGCCCCAUUUUUAACUUUCAUGUCAUUUAUGAAUGGUUAUUUCUUCCAUGUUUGGAUCCAUGUGAUUAGUUACUUUUAAAAAAAGUUUUAAAUGUGUUAUUAUGUUCAUAAAGUGUCGAUUAUCAUUGUAUUUUAUAAAACUUGAUAUUUUUACAUUAACCUUAAUGUAUUAGUAUUCUGUCCAUGAAGUGAAAGGGCUAAGCACCACUUAUUUCUUUACUGUGCUUAACUGAAAUUAAACACUGCCAGACUUUGCAAUGCCACCCUAUAUCUGCAAUGUGUACGUUUAUUUUAAAAUAAAAAUAUGAACAUACCCUCUCAGACCUGUUUUGUUUGGAAGUGAAAGAUAAUGUAAUCUGUUCAGACACAUUCUAUUACCAGUGUCUAGUCUAAUACAUGGUCACAUUUUGAUAUAAUUUUUUCAGGCCUUCAGUGUCUACUUCUUAAGCCACUUAAACAUUGUGUUGUCAUGCGAGGAUAGAUUAUUUAUGAUCAAUUUACGUCUGUACGAAAUAUUAAAAGGGACUCUAAUCAUGUGCGGGCCUUGUUAUAAACAUGCCAGAAUAAAAUAUUACAGGCCAUUUUGAUUGUGAUCUAGUGAAAAUUCAUUUGGGGAUUGUAGUGAAAUCUUUUUAAAAUACUUAAAUACUUAUCAUUGUGAAGGUGAGAUAGAUUUCACUGGCUGUUAACCAGAAGUUUGCUAUGUGAUUUUAUAGACCACAGAAUUUCUUAGACUGUGCUAGAUUACAUUAAUCAUUACAGUGUCAUUUUUCCAGAAAGUGCUUAUUGGUUGAAUGUGUGAUAUCCAGACGGACAUGGAAAACAUCACAGUCAUGUAACUGACAACUGUCAAUUAUGUAUUCUUUUCCGUCAUAGUAAAUAAUGCAUUUCAUGUGACUUUGCACAUUCUAUCCACUGUCCAGGAAAAUGGUAUACUGUCAGUAAUUUGCUCUAUGGCCUUGAUAUUAUAUAUGUUUUAUUUCCUGUGAUUCAAUGUAUUAUUAUGACUGAAAAGUCUCAUUUGUCCUUUCCAAAAACAGAUCUGAAGAUCAAUUUAGUUGUUUGACAAGGAUAAUGUGCUUCCAAAUCUGUUUUUUGAAUUACUGCCCUUUAUCAUUAUGCUGAAAACCUAAGAAGAGACCUGACACAAUGUAAUAACAUCCUAAAUCUAUCUGACUCACUGUGAGGACAUCAUAUGAUUUAGGGCUGUUUUUCUCAGCCUUUUUCCUUUGCCACUAGCUAAAUUCUCCCUACAGAGUGUGCUCCCAGUAAUGCUAUUGUUGUCAGCACAUCUGUUUUUUGUUUGGUAAACAACUGUCUUCUGUACUGACUCCUAGUCCUCUGGAUAUUUCUAAGUACUCACCUGAGCUAAUACAUCACCGACUUCAAUAAAUCAUUGUAUGUA